AUGAACACAAGUUGUGGUGAAUUAGGUCUUCGGAUAGCAUUGUGUGAUCUGAUUGAGAGGCUCAAGAGAUGUGAGCAGAAGUGCUCAUAUCUGGAGGAAUGCAGACAUGAGCUGAUCCGGGAAGUGAUGCGCCUUAAGAUACAAAACCAGUCGCUUAUUGCCAACUCUGCCAACACAUCCAACGCCUAUCCUAUCACUGAUACCAAUCACUUGGUUCUGAGUCCCAUCCAUGGGUUUAACACUAAUAAUAACAAUAAUGUGAUGAUUGGAUCAGUUAAUGGUCGUGAAGUGGUGGCCAAUAAAGAUAUGAACAAAAGCCGUGCAUAUGAUUUGAUUGGAUCCGAUUGUGACAAUCAAGACGAGAAUUGGCAGCAAAUAACUGUCCGACUCUUGCAGGACAUGAGGCGUGAUAUGGCGGCCAAUGGACACCAACUCAAAGGCCAUGAUAUCAUCGAUAAGAUUGUGGCAAACGAUAUGCAAAGCAAUACUAAUCGACAUAACGACACAAUUAUUACAAUCAAUGACUCAUUGACUCAAAUGAACGACAAUUUAAUUGAAAGC